UGAACCUCAGGGGCGGGGCUGGAGGGCACAGCCCGCCUCCCAGCCUCGCGGAUCCCGCGAGCCGGGCCGCCCCGCCCCCGGCAGCCCGCGACCUGGCGGCGGGGAGGGCGGGGCGGGACCGCGCGCAUCCGUGCUCACUCUCCCCGGUGCCGGUUUCAGCACCUUCGGCUGUCCGCAGCAGCAGCCGCCGCCUCCUCAGGUGCUGACUGUUCUUAUGCUGAGUUUCCAAUUGCCUCGAUUAAAGUAGAAACAUUCUAUGGCUUGGAUGACUUACAUUUCAAAUUGGUUUGAGCAAGAUGAUUGGUAUGAAGGACUACAAAGAGCAAACAUGUCACAGGUAAGGCAAGUUGGAUUGCUGGCUGCUGGAUGUCAGCCAUGGAACAAAGAUGUGUGUGCUGCCAAUGGAGACAGGUUUGCAUAUUGUGCUACCCUGGCAAUCUAUAUUUAUCAGUUGGAUCACCGUUACAAUGAAUUCAAACUUCACGCAGUUAUGUCUGAACAUAAAAAAACAAUCACAGCAAUCUCUUGGUGUCCUCAUAACCCUGAUCUGUUUGCAAGUGGCAGUACCGAUAACUUAGUGAUCAUUUGGAAUGUUGAGGAACAAAAAGUCAUUGCUAAACUCAACAAUACAAAAGGGAUACCUGCCUGUCUUAGCUGGUGCUGGAAUGCAGAUGAUACUGUGGCAUUUAUUUCCCACAGAGGUCCACUGUUCCUUUGGACCAUAUCAGGACCAGAUAGUGGAGUCACUGUACAUAAGGAAGCCCAUAGCUUCUUGUCUGAUAUCUGUAUAUUCAGGUGGCAUACCCAGAAAAAAGGAAAAGUUGUGUUUGGUCAUAUUGAUGGAAGUCUAUCAAUUUUUCAGCCAGGGAAUAAAAAUCAGAAGCAUGUUCUGAGACCUGAAUCUCUUGAAGGAACAGAUGAAGAGGAUCCAGUUACAGCCCUGGAAUGGGACCCACUGUCUAUAGAUUAUCUCCUGGUGGCUAAUUUGCAUUAUGGAAUUCGCCUAGUAGAUUCUGAAUCACUUUAUUGCAUAACAACAUUUAAUUUCCCCAGUGCAGCAGCUUCUGUUCAGUGCUUAGCAUGGGUUCCCAGUGCUCCUGGGAUGUUUGUAACUGGAGAUUCUCAAGUGGGAGUUCUACGCAUUUGGAAUGUUUCAAGAUCAACACCUAUUGAUAAUUUUAAAUUAAAGAAAACAGGAUUUCACUGCUUACAUGUGCUUAAUUCUCCACCAAGAAAAAAGUUUCCAAUCCAAUCUCCAAUCAAAAAUCAUUAUACAUCCUCUACCAGCGAAGCAGUCCCAUCACCAGUUUUGACACAGAAUCAAGCAUUUUCUCUUCCUCCUGGUCAUGCGGUUUGCUGUUUCUUGGAUGGUGGAGUUGGACUUUAUGAUAUGGGAGCCAAGAAGUGGGAUUUUCUUAGGGACUUGGGACAUGUGGAGACUAUCUUUGACUGCAAAUUCAAACCUGAUGAUCCAAAUCUUUUAGCAACAGCUUCAUUUGAUGGCACUAUAAAAGUCUGGGAUAUAAAUACAUUAACAGCAGUGUAUACUUCUCCGGGUAAUGAAGGAGUUAUUUAUUCCAUUUCAUGGGCUCCAGGUGGUUUAAAUUGCAUUGCUGGGGCAACUUCCAGAAAUGGUGCUUUUAUUUGGGAUGUUCAGAAGGGCAAAAUUUUACAACGAUUUAAUGAGCAUGGAAAAAAUGGAAUAUUCUGCAUUGCCUGGAGUCAUAAAGAUUCCAAAAGAAUAGCAACCUGCAGUGGUGAUGGUUUCUGUAUUAUUCGAACAAUUGAUAAUAAAGUGCUACACAAAUACAAACAUCCAGCUGCAGUGUUUGGUUGUGAUUGGAGCCAAAACAACAAGGACAUGAUAGCCACUGGCUGUGAAGACAAAAAUGUCCGUGUCUACUAUGUAGCCACCAGUUCUGAUCAGCCAUUGAAAGUUUUUAGUGGACAUACAGCAAAAGUGUUUCAUGUUAAAUGGUCUCCUCUGAGGGAGGGAAUUCUUUGCAGUGGUUCUGAUGAUGGUUCUGUUCGAAUCUGGGAUUAUACUCAAGAUGCUUGCAUAAAUAUUCUUAGUGGACACACUGCACCUGUAAGGGGAUUAAUGUGGAAUACUGAGAUUCCUUAUCUACUAGUAUCUGGCAGCUGGGAUUAUACUAUAAAAGUAUGGGACACUAGGGAAGGAACUUGUCUGGAUACUGUCUGUGAUCAUGGUGCGGAUGUAUAUGGCUUAACAUGUCAUCCAAGUCGCCCCUUCACUAUGGCCUCUUGCUCCCGUGAUUCCACAGUGAGACUCUGGUCAUUAACACCUUUAAUCACUCCUUUGCAAAUAAAUAUUCUGGCAGACAGACCUUGGGAAGAAAUUAUCGGGAACACUGAUAAUGCUAUAGAACAAGGCACUCCUCCUCUAUUGUGCGGCAAAGUGUCAAGAGAUAUUAAACAAGAAAUAGAAAAACAAACUGGUAAUCAUCGAGCAAAAAAACUAAGAUGGUUUUCAGAAUGUUUAUCACCUCCAGGUGGCAGUGACAAUUUAUGGAACUUGGUUGCCGUGAUAAAAGGAAAAGAUGAUAGCUUACUUCCUCAGAACUACUGUAAAGGAAUAAUGCAUUUAAAACAUCUGAUUAAAUUUAGAAUGUCUGAAGCCCAAGAGCUGACAACUGUCAAGAUGUCUAAAUUUGGUGGUGGUAUUGGUGUACCCACUAAAGAGGAAAGAUUGAAGGAAGCUGCCGAAAUACAUUUGCGAUUAGGACAAAUUCAGAGAUACUGCGAACUUAUGGUUGAGCUCGGAGAGUGGGACAAAGCCCUGUCCAUUGCACCAGGGGUAUCUUUGAAAUACUGGAAAAAGCUAAUGCAGAGGAGAGCUGACCAAUUAAUACAGGAAGAUAAAGAUGAUGUCAUACCAUACUGCAUAGCUGUUGGUGAUGUGAGGAAACUUGUUAAUUUUUUUAUGUCAAGAGGCCAACUUAAAGAAGCUCUGCUAAUUGCACAGGCAGCAUGUGAGGGAAACAUGCAAACCUUACACAUUUCUACACCUAAAGGAGCUUCAUAUACUGAUGAUAUCUACAAAGAAGAUUUUAAUGAACUCCUGCACAAAGUCAGUAAGGAACUUGCAGAGUGGUAUUUUCAGGAUGGUCGAGCAGUACUAGCCGCAUGUUGCCAUCUAGCUGUAGAUGAUAUUGAGCUUGCUAUGGCAUACCUGAUUCGUGGAAAUGAACUGGAGUUGGCAGUCUGUGUGGGCACAGUACUAGGAGAGUCUGCAGCACCAGCAACACACUAUGCCCUAGAAUUAUUGGCACGAAAAUGCAUGAUGAUUUCAACAUGCUUUCCGUCUGUUGGAUACAGGAAUUUGGCAGCUGAUCUUCUUCUGAUGACUCCCAAUAAUGAACUACAUUUAGUAAAACUCUGUGCUUUCUACCCAGGAUGUACUGAAGAGAUAAAUGAUCUUCAUGAGAAGUGCAAGCUACCCACAGUAGAAGAAUGUAUGCAAUUAGCUGAGACAGCCCACACAGAUGGUAAUAUAUUUGAAACUGUCAAGUAUUACUUGCUAAGUCAAGAACCUGAGAAAGCCCUUCCUAUUGGCAUUGAUUUCAUCAAAGAAUACAUCAGUAGUUCAGAUUGGACUUUGGAUACCAUUUACCCUGUUCUUGACCUCUUAAGUUAUAUUCGUACUGAAAAAUUAGUCUUGCAUACAUGUACUGAAGCUAGAAAUGAGUUGCUCAUCUUAUGUGGCUAUAUUGGUGCAUUAUUGGCUAUCCAAAAACAGUACCAAAGCAUUGUUCCAGCACUUUAUGAGUAUACAAGUCAGCUACUAAAACGUCGGAAGGUUUCAGUACCCUUAAAACUUGAGCGUCUUUCUGAGGAACUGGAUGCAUGGAGAGCUUGCACACAAUCUACCAACCGAUCGUCAGAAGAAUUCACAUAUACACCCCCUUCUGAUUCACAAAGAAUGAUUUAUGCAACUUUAUUAAAGAGACUAAAAGAAGAGCCAUUCACAGGAAUUAUUGGACCAGACUAUGUGACUGGAUCAAAUCUCCCAAGUCAUUCCGACAUUCACAUCUCAUGUUUUACAGGAUUAAAAAUCCAGGGUCCUGUAUUUUUCCUUGAAGAUGGGAAGUCUACUAUCUCUUUGAAUGAUGCUUUGAUGUGGGCAAAGGUGAAUCCAUUCUCACCUUUAGGGACUGGAAUACGACUCAACCCAUUUUGAUAGAGAUUUUUCUCCAAGCUGACUUGUUUUUUAAAACAGCACUUGUGGAUUAGUAAUACCUUAAUUUUGAUUGUUCAGGAGCCAGAAGUUGAAAAGAGGAUUGGGGCUUGAAGAGGUGGAGAGGAACAGUGAAAUUUAUUCAUUAACUCUGAAAAAUAAAAUAUUUACAAAACAUAAAGGAAAAGGAGGUGUCUCCUUUAUAAAAUAUAAUAGCCACAUUUGGGAAGAAGGCAAGAAUAAUCUAAAAUGCAAAAGUUUCAUAAGACAUAAAAAGUAUCAAAAUAUUAUAUUGUUGGAACAUAUAAGAGUACAAUACCUAGGAAAGUGCUUGACAUAGCAAGUAUUUAAUGAAUAUUUGAAGAUUGAAUUAUUAAAAUAGCAAAAUGUGGCUGGCACUGCAGCUCACUAGGCUAAUCCUCUGCCUGCAGCGCCAGCACCCACGUUCUAGUCCCGGUUGGGGCGCUGGUUCUGUCCCAGUUGCUCCUCUUCCAGUCCAGCUCUCUGCUGUGGCCUGGGAGUGCAGUGGAGGAUGGCCCAGGUCCUUGGGCCCUGCACCCGCAUGGGAGACCAGGAGGAAGCACCUGGCUCCUGGCUUCAGGUCGGAUCAGAUCGGAUCGGCGCAGCACACCUGCCAUAGCAGCCACUUGGGGGGUGAACCAACAGAAAAAGGAAGACCUUUCUCUCUGUCUCUUUCUCUCACUGUCUAACUCUGCCUGUCAAAAAAACAAAACAAAAAAAAUAUAUAUAUAUAUAGCAAAAUGUGAGGUGUACACAGUUGAUCUUCAAGUUAACACCUAUGUUUGUCCUUUACAAAAUAUAUAAAAAGUCACUCAGUUUAGCCAUACUUUACAGAAGUUUUCAAUGUUUAUUACAUAUCAGUAAAUGGAUACACAGCAAAAACACUGCUAAAUUUAUAAAGAGAAAAUAUUACCAAGUUUAUUUGAAAUUUAACUAUCCAAUUAUGAUUAUAUAAACAGUAAAAAAAUAGGAGGUGAAAGCAUAAAAUGCCGUUGAACAUGUGAGAAUGUGCAUCAGAUUAUAACUGACUUAAAAAUACUGUGUAUGGAUAUUAGUUUUGAUUAAUGCAUUUAAUAUUUAUAAUAAUAGACUGGUCCAUUGGUCCACUUACACUUUAUCUGACAAUUUAUAUGGCAAAAAUUAAUUUAAAAUAAAUUUCUAUAAGUAAAAGAUAACUGAAAUUUUAGACACAUUAUAUAAAUUUAAACUUUAAAAUAUUUUUAUGAGUAUAAAGCUCUGAAAAGCCUAUCAAUGUUAGAGUUUGAGUAGAAUUUUGACUCUGAAACUUGUGAAAUCAAUUCAUACCACAAAGAUGGUACUUUGAUACUCAAGUUAUUUUGCAGGUUUUAUGUUAGAUUUUUUUUUUUUUUGCUAAAGAGUAAACUCAUGUACUUAGAAUAAUUUUACAAAAAAAAGCUUUUCUUAAAAUUUAUUGUAUUUAAAUAUUUUUAAAACCUUGUCAAACAAGCUUCUUAAGACCAUAUAUAUUUUGUGUAUAUAUAUAUAUGUAUAUAUAUAUAUAUGUCAUACAUAUUUAGCACAUUGGACACUUCUAGCUCCUCAAAAAUAAUUUUAGGCUUAAGUUCCAUUUUAUAAAAAAAAAUCUAGAAGAAAAUGUUUUCAAUGUAUUGAUGUAGUGAAUAAUAUAAAGUGCACCUGAGAAGCACUUUUUUAACACUCACUGAUACCUAAUAAGUCAAAUAUUUCAUACUUGAAGAUUAUUGAUUGGCACAUGUAUACUAAAAUCUCCACUAAAAAUUAGCAGCAUAAAACUCAUUUUCAAAAAUAUAUUAAUAAUUAGAAAUUAUUUGUGUUUAAAAUACUUCAAAGAAUAUCACUAAAUUUAAGCUACAUAUAAAUAAUUAUUACCCUCUGUAUUUGUAAUGAAGGAGGAAAUUAUAUAUUUAUCAAUAAAAUAUGAAGAAAAACUCAUACACUCUCACAAAUGAAUACAACGGAAAAGUGAUUCACUUUUCAUCUAAAAUAUAAAUUAGAUUUAUUCAAUUACCAUUCUAAUAUACAUUGACUUUUACCAUUUUCUUAAUAGUUAGUAUUAACUAAUAAUUCUUCAUAGAAUUUUAAACCUGUCAUUUGACUCCAUCAAUCUAUGUAUAUAUUGUGCCUUAAUAUGAAAAAAUAUAGAAAGGAAUUUUUGUUAGGCUUCAUAUAUUCAUGAGAAACCAAACUAUUAACUAAUAGUACUUCAUUUUACUAUUUGAGAGUGUUCAUAUUACCAACAAUGUGGACACAUUAUUUUACAGGCUUAAAUAUGCCUUUAUGAAAGAAAAAAAACUGAUUAGACAAUGAUUCUUGAAACAUUGAAAACAUAUUUUGCCUACAAAAGUUACCAGGUGGUUAACUAAACUAUAAGAUCACACUUAGUUACAGUCAAAAUAUAUGAUUUUAAUGUCAAAUGUUUCUGUGAAUUUGUCCAAAUGUGUUGAAAAAUAUAUUUACAUUGGAGAAUGACUGUAUUUCAUUGUCCUGAUAUCAAAAUUUACUUAUUUUAAGUCAAAAGGCAUUCUGAAUAUACUUAAACCCUACAGAUUAUUUGUAAAAUUUGUGUCUUAUAUUUAGUGUACCAGUCGUGUAGAAGACAUCCUUAUGGACAAACUUAAUAAAUGGUUGGUGUACUAAAUCUUCCA